UGACUAUACAAAUGAUAAUCUGCGAUUAAACGGAACUCUACGAUCAAAAAAAACAAAGUACGAGUUAGGUCGAAGUAUGAAAUCAGACCUCGAAAGAUUUCACGUCACCGAACAGCAACACGGAACGUGAGACAAACGUUUAAUAACAACGUGUAACGCGUAGCUCCAACCAGUCGCCAAGCCAAAACAAAACCAAGUAAACGCAACCUCGAUCACAGCAGAGCAGAUUCAAGUUAAUUUUAAUUUUGGAUGAAACAGCAAGCGAAUAAAAUAGGCUAAUGUAGAAUUCACACAAGUCAACUCAUUUUUUUCCGAUCAUGCGACGUUUUCAAUAUGUCAUCUUUUAUAACAAGAAUCUUGAUUAACGAAAGUGCCAGUGAGGAAGUGAAGACAUACAAACACGUCGACAUGGAGGAAAAAUAAACAGAACGUUGAAGCUUGUCCUCAUUUUCGGUUUGGCUCAUACAUGAAUUUUAAACCUGCAGGUGACCGCCAGAUAUAUUUUGUCGCUACAGCUUUUGCCGAAUCAGAUCUGUGACGGAAAUUCGCAUGGUUGUGGCAACAUGGACAGCGACCUGAGUCCACAGGAUAAGAGAGACCUGGACAAGUUUAUCAAGUUUUUUGCCUUAAAGACUGUCCAGGUGAUAGUUCAAGCUCGUCUUGGGGAAAAGAUUUUCACACGCUCCUCCUCAUCACCAACCGGCUCAGACUGGUUUAAUUUGGCAAUCAAAGACAUCCCAGAGGUGAGCCAUGAAGCGAAGAAGGCAUUGGCAGGUCAGCUGCCAAGCAUUGGCCGCUCCAUGUGUGUGGAGAUUUCAUUGAAGACUUCAGAGGGUGAUUCCAUGGAGCUGGAAACUUGGUGUUUGGAGAUGAAUGAAAAGUGUGACAAGGACAUUAAAGUGUCAUACACAGUCUACAACCGUCUGUCGGUCCUCCUCAAGUCUCUGCUGGCCAUCACCAGAGUCACACCGGCCUACAAGCUGUCCAGGAAGCAGGGCCAUGACUAUGUCAUACUGUACAGAAUCUACUUUGGAGAAGUUCAGCUCAGUGGACUUGGAGAAGGAUUUCAGUCGGUGCGAGUGGGAGUGGUCGGGACACCUGUCGGGACUGUCACGCUGUCAUGUGCUUACCGCACCAACUUGGCUUUAAUGUCCAGCAGGCAGUUUGAACCAUCGGCUCCAAUCAUGGGAAUCAUUCUGGACCACUUUGUGGACCCCCCCGGCGCCCAGAGACCCGUCAACAUGGGGCAGCCGUGCAACUAUAGAGCACCUGACGAUGACGAUGGACUGUUGGUUGGAGUCCAGGAUUCUCAGGAGGUCUGCACCACCUCCUUCUCCACCUCUCCUCCCUCCCAGUGUGUUUGUACUCUGAGUCCUUCUCCCUCUAAACUGUCCAAGCCCCUCCCACUGGACAGUCUGCAGUUCCAACUGGCUCCUGGUUCUCACACCCUGUACAGCUCCAGGUUGUCUUACCAGACUCCACCACAAGUGGGAGCUGCUGAGCUCUGCCAUGCUGCUGUCAAUGCAAACCAGGCGCAUCCUGGGAAGGAAGGGGGAGCUGUGUUGCUUCAAGCUCAGCCUACUCAUGCAGCCGACGCCCAACUGACAGCCGACAACGUUCCCCACACACCUGGCAGCAGCGGUGAAGACGAUGAACUGACCCGGAGUGGAGACACGAAAAGAGGUGAUAUAAGACGUAGCGUUUCUCCCUCGGACCCUAUCGAGACCCUCAGCACCCUCACCAGGAAGGUUGGCGCCUUGGUCAACAAACCAAAUCAACAGGUGAUGGCAAGUCUCGAUUUGCCAUUUGCUGCUUUAGCCCCGCGGGGAUUGGAAUCUGAAGUGAAUGAUCCAAUGGUACAGCCCCCAGAGUCCCCCCCUUGCUCCUCCCCUCUGCAAACCAGCCUCCACUCACAGUGCUCGGAAGAAGGAUCCGGCCAACAAGAUGACUUUGUCAUGGUCGACAUGCGACCAGCCUUCUCCAAAGAUGACUUGCUGCCGAUGGAUUUGGGGACGUUCUACAGGGAGUUCCAAAACCCUCCUCAGCUGGCGAGUCUGUCAUUGCAUAUAAGCUCCCAAUCAAUGGCUGAGGACCUGGACUCGCUACCAGAGAAGUUGGCGGUGUACGAGAAGAACAUUGACGAGUUUGACGCCUUCGUGGACAUGCUACAGUAGCUUGGAGUCAGGAGUGAAAACCUGCACCAAGUCGAUGACAUUUGAUGUGCAACUUGUACAAACACAAUGUAAAUACACGACCACAUUUAAGCCCCGUGCUUUAAUGGCGUUGAGCCAAAACCAAAUUUAGUCCGUUUCACGUGAGCCCAGUCAGCGCUACUGGUCAAAAACUACACCCGUUUCUCAUGACAUCAACUAGAGAAAUAGCAGUUGAAUGACAAACCCAAGUCUCAAAAACACAACACAGACAUACUAGUCAUUGCUGUCCGCGCCUCCAGGUUAAUGUGAAAAGCACCUCACGUUUCCAGCAGGUCUGGGAUUUUGGGUGAAUAUAUGAACACUAUUGAUGCUAGAAAUGUUAGACGUGUUGCACAAAGACCUCAUUUGGAAAUGUGGAAUAGGAAACGGGUUGGGAGGAAAUAAAACAGUUCUCAAUGAUGUGCAUCAUCUUUCAUCGGAACUUGGUGAACAUUUGUGAGCUUGUAAAUAAGAUGUAAAAUUCACACAGGCCAGGCUGUGGAAACCCUCCGCACAAUGAGAGCGACCUGAAGGACAUCAGACUCAACUGCUCUGCCAAUCGGCUCAUUUGUGUUCCUCUCUCAUCAGGUUCAAAGCUUUGUCUGCAGAUGAUAUCCUAAUAAAAGCAUGGGUUUUCAAGACUGCUGA